AUGUUCCUUCCCGCCCUCCUCACAUUCCUCCUUGGACUCGUCUCGGCCGCCCCAGCACCGAAAGACAUCAUCUUCUCACACAACAACGCCGUCCGCUGCCGUACCUCGCCCACCCACGCUGCUCCGCCUGCCCGCCUAUACAACGCCGGCGACUAUAUCACGCUCGAGUGCCAAACGCUCAACGGGUACUGGUUCACCAGCGACGGAUGCUACGUCGAUAGCAUGGCGCUCCAUCCCAUCAACGCGGCGUACCACCCCCACGGGCCUGGGGCUGGACGUAAGCGCAGUAUUUGUCCCGAGUAG